UUGUCUUUCCCCCAAACCCCCGACCAGCACAUAUAUAUACACACAUACACUCCGUAGUCCGUAUAUACAAUAUAUAUAUAUACGGAGUAUAUGUUUGUAUUACUUGUGUCUCUAUCGGAAAAGAAGAAACAAUGUCGUCGAACGAUCUCCCUGAGAAUCGCCCCGCAAGCCCUCCCCAACAUUCCCAACAACAGAGUACUGAAAACGGCUUUGAUCGGAAUUCUGAAACAAGUACUGAAGUUGGAUGGUAUGUUCUUGGUGAAGACCAACAGCAUAUUGGCCCCUAUGCUUUUUCUGAGUUGAAUGAGCAUUAUACAAAUGGAUACCUCGCUGAAAGUGCACUUGUAUGGUCUGAAGGAAGAAGCGAUUGGCAACCAUUAUCCUCAAUUUUUGGCUUGAUGACUGAAGUCUCUCAGCAGGUGCCCUCCAACAUUGAUGACGAGUUCGAAAAAUGGCAGAAAGAGGUGAGAGAGGCAGAAGCAGAGGUGUUGAAACAUGAGUCUGUAAAUAGCGAUGAAGAUCAUGAAAGGCCUUCGACACCACCAGAGGGUGAGGAAGAAUUCACUGAUGAUGAUGGAACUACUUACAAGUGGGAUCGGGGUCUUAGAGCGUGGGUUCCUCAGGACAACACAUCUACAGAAACUGAGCAAUAUGGGUUAGAAGAGAUGACUUUCUUAGAAGAACAGGAACUCUUUCCAGCAGUGAAUGCUGUUGAUACCGCUGUAAAGGAACAGGUCACAGAUACCAGUGAAGUAAUGGAAGGCGAAGCAAAACAUAAUGCUAAGAGAAAGUCGCCUGACAAGCCCGCUGAGAAGAAGGAAGCUAACAAACCUCCAGAUAGCUGGUUUGAAUUAAAAGUCAAUACCCAUGUUUACGUGACUGGGUUGCCAGAUGACGUUACUUUUGAUGAGGUUGUGGAAGUAUUUUCUAAGUGUGGGAUAAUAAAGGAGGACCCUGAAACAAAAAAGCCUCGUGUGAAGAUAUAUGUUGACAAAGAGACUGGAAGAAAAAAGGGUGAUGCGCUUGUUUCAUUUCUGAAGGAACCUUCAGUUGCUCUAGCCCUCCAACUUUUGGAUGGAGCACCUCUACGGCCUGGGGGCAAGAUUCCUAUGUCAGUUACCCAAGCAAAGUUUGAGCAGAAAGGGGAGAAAUUUAUAUCCAAACAAACAGACAAGAGAAAGAAAAGGAAACUUCAGAAGGUCGAACAGAAGAUGCUUGGUUGGGGUGGUCGUGAUGAUGCAAAGCUUUCAAUUCCUGCCACUGUUAUUCUUCGAUAUAUGUUCGCUCCUGCAGAAAUGAGGUCUGAUGAGAAUCUACGUUCUGAAUUAGAAGCAGAUGUCCAAGAGGAAUGUGUAAAACUUGGUCCUGUUGAAUCAGUCAAGGUUUGUGAGAAUCAUCCUCAGGGUGUUGUUUUGGUAAGAUUUAAGGAUAGAAGAGAUGCCCAGAAGUGCAUAGAUAUGAUGAAUGGACGAUGGUUUGGUGGUAGGCAGAUCCACGCGAGUGAGGAUGAUGGAAUUGUUAACCAUGCUAAGGUGCGGGAUUUGCAAGAUGAUGCUGAAAGAUUGGAGAAGUUUGGAGCCGAACUUGAAGAAGAUUGAGUUGAAUUCUGCAUUUGAACUUGAAGCAUCUUUCACUGACAUUGAUCACCCUGUAUAAUCAAAAUAUGAGGAGCUUGUAGAGGACCGAACCUUUCACGUUUGCAUAAACAUAUUUUACUCGUGAAGACAUUUAAUACCCAAAUUUUGAAAUAUUUAUUUCCUUCCUCAAA